AUGCCACCAAAAGGUUGGAGAAAGGAUGCGCAAGGGAAUUACCCCACCACGUCCUACAUUAAAGAGCAAGAAAACAUAACAAUCCAGGACUUGUUAUUUCCCAGAAGCGCCAUUGUGAAUUUGGCCCGUCAGGUACCACAACAAAGUGGCAAGAAGCUACUGAUAAACAAAGACGCGUCAUUGGCAUUGCAGCGCGGUGCUACAGUGUUUGUCAACCACUUACUACUGUUUGCAAGAGAAAUUGCCAAGAGCCAAGACAAGAAAAGUUGCAGCGUUGACGAUGUUAUGGGUGCUUUGGACCAUAUAGGGCAAUCAGCUUUGAAGGGUGUUGUUAGAGAUAAACUAGAGGAAUACCAAGCUGCCGUUGAAUUGAGAAAAAGGGAAAAACUAAAUAGCGGCGAAGUGGAUACUGACGGUGAUAUAGAUAUGGGUGGGGAUACAAACAUCACAACUGUAGAACAUGUCAAGGAGCCUGAAAUAGAAGAACAGAGUGAGGAACCGCAGGGUCAAGAAGAGGCCUCCGAAAAGAAACAGAAAAUAGAAGUACAGGACGCAGAUGCCACAGUACGAGACCCCGAGCAGACACCGCCUACCACCGGAACUGUCCUGUAG